CGCCUGGUGACUUUCGACUGGUGGCAAAUCGUGAUCACCAGGAAAGUCGUUGGGAUCAGAGGUGUUUCAAUUUUUUUUGCUAUCUUUGAAACUCCUCUCAAACCGAAAGCAUGAUUUUGAUAUGCUUGCGGUGAUGUCUUCGUGAUCCAGGUCUUGCACCAGUUGAUAUGAAAAGACGGCGUGAAGAAUUAUAUCGACAUGACAUCGACCUUCCUCCCUCCUUGUCGAUUUGUCCUGUUUGUGGUACAUCUGUUUCAAAAGAGAACAUCGGUAUUCAUGUAGAGGAACAUUUUACACAACCCUCCACAUCGUCUGAGGCGAAUCGAUUCGAUGAUUUAGGUGAGACGAGCAUUUUCGAAGCGCGAUUUUCAAUCGUGAAAAGUAUUUUAAAAGCCUCUAGCAGGUAUGUGGGAAGUAAAUACAAUAAGGUUUGUUUUUGUUUGAUUUCAGUUCCGGGAUUCUCGGAUACAGUCGAUUUUCGGGAAUGUAAUUACGGAAGAUGUCAACAGAUAGGUUAGUUAAAUUGAAACUAUUUUAUUCCUGUCAUGAGUGACGGAGAAAAACGUUUUUUAAAAUCAUAAAAUGGUUUCCUAUAAAUAUAUUAAUCCACGGUAUCCUGUGCGAGUUUUACAUUCAAUUCUAUACGUUUAAACACGUAUUUCGUUAAAGGAAAGUUUGAGUUGUCACGUUUACGUUAAACUCGUGAGAUCUGUUUAAUUGAUUUUAAACAAGAUGAUUAGAAAGUCAAACAAGUAAAUUAAACUCAAUUAAGACAAAUAAUUAGCAAACAUCAGCUAAUGAUGUUAUUUCAAUCACCGUUAAUGACAGGUUUUGACUAGACAUAAGAACUGAUAUCAUAAAUUAGAAUUUGAAAAAUUUCAAAAAUCAGUAUUACUUCAAUUGUUAAUCAACCAAAGUUCAAAUGUUUUAUCAACUCCUAUAGAUGGCAGAGCCAAGCAGUCUUGCUUAGAGGGACAAUCUGUUGUCACUGCCACAGAAUACAUACCAUGUAAGCUUUGAAAUUGAAAGAAGUACUUUGCAGAAAAUAUCUUGAUUUCAAGUCUGCUGCAAAGAACAAAAACAUAAACAAGACAAUUUGGUUUCAUCCUGCAAUUUGAUAAAGUAAAUUGGCUACCAUAGAGAGUUUCUAAGUUUUUAAAACUCUUGGGAGUGGUCAAUUUACACUAUCAACCCAAUUAAUAAAACCAAAUUUUCCUGUAAAAUCACCAUCAACGCAGCAUCACAGUUUCUUUAGAAACUUACCCCCUUUUUAAAUAUGAAUUUUUAUAAAAUGGUCAUUAGAAAACAAGCUAUUGUAAACAAUAUAAUACAAAUAUUAAUAAGUGUCUCAAUGAUGAAUUUUUGAAGUGCAUAAAUAUUUGGAAACAUCUAGAUGUACCUUAAAAUAAAGCAAUUCUUUGAUGAAAAUAUUAUUAAAAAGAUAAAGUGCUACUACAAAAUGACUACAAAAAAAAUCUGCUUUUCAUUCUCUUCUUAUUCCAUUAUUAUUUUCUAAGAAGCACCAGCAAAAAUAUUGUUUCCAAUCUUAAAAAAAGGUUUUUUUUGUAUAAUUUGUUACUCAAACUUUCUUCCAUUACUAAAUAAUGUAUAGGAUAAGAUAAUGAGAGAAUGAGAUAGAGAUAUAAUCAAUAUACAUCAUAAAGUUUGUCUUUGAUACAGUCUAAUUUUUGGGAUAGAACCAUUUCAAACACACUCUAUAGUAUAUCAUCAUCAUUAUUGUCACGGCUAUUGUUUUCUGUCUUAAAAUAUGACAUCUUCACUCUCUUAAUUAUUCUAUAUUCUUAGUUUCUGCACCAGAGUGGGAUGAUCACAUGUUUGCACACUCAUUGGAAGAUCAAGCCAUAAAUGAUGCUACUACAAACAGUCUGCUAGGGGUAACAUUUCAGCCACAGGAACAGUAUGAAGUACCUGUGAUUUACACACAGAGUGACGCUGCUCUGGCUCAGGAACUUGAAAAACAGGUAAAGUAGAUACAUAUCAUUCCUGCUGGGUAAUUUUUCUCCCUGGGAUCACUGAUACCCCUUUAAAAUUUUCGGUAUUGCUUGAAACCUUGUACAGCAGACAGUGACAGAGUUGAAAGGAUUCCAUUUUAGUUACUUUGCUAGGGUUAGGUACUAAUAUUUUUUCCUUGAUUUGCUUGUUGUAAAUCUAUUAUGCUCAAAAGUACAGGCUCAAAUUACAAACACUGUAAACCAUCAUUCUUUUAUCACAAGUGAUUAGAAAGUAAAAAAAGCUUCAUAUUGACUGUUGUAAAAGUUUAAGUUGUACACUUGAUGCUCCUCUCCAGGACAGACUGUACUUUUUGAUGUUAGAUCAAACGUUGAUUCUCUGUGGUAGCAAUUUUAUUAAAGUGGGAAAUUAGAUUUUUUCACAGUUUUUGUACUUAAAAUAGGCUAUUGUUUAUUUUGGUUCUUGGUCUUAAGGAAAUGGAACGACUUGAAAACCAGCCAUGUGAGUGGGAUGAUCACUUGUUGGCUCAGGCACUGGAGAGUGAACAAAGAAGAGAACAGGAGGAACAAAAACUUCAAGAGGAUGAGGAGCUAAAGAAGCUUCAGGUUUUAACAAAUGAUAUUGAUUUGAUAAAGUGCUCUCAGCCUCCCAUUUUUUUCAUUUCAGUGACUUAAAGGUCAGGGUACUGGACUAAAAGUGGACAGAUUUCGUUCCCAAGCAGGGUAACUGGGUUGUGCUCCACGCCAUUAUCAGGCAUUAGUUUGUUACAUCUGUAAAUGGGCUUCAUGCAUUUCAGCAAGCAGACUGUGUUUACUUUGUGCCCAGACAUAAAAGCAUUAAUAUUCAUUCUGACAGAACCCCCAGUUUAUUGAAAUUGUGUCCUCUUUGUAUUCUGCCUGUUUUAACCAAUAUGAGCUACAUGUGCCUUGUUUGGAUUGUUCCCUGUUGCACAGCUGGUACUAAGGUGCAACCAUGGCUGAUGGUUGAGCAUCCCAUUGAGGAUAAGUUAAAGUCAAGAAAAGCUUAGUCAUCUCAGCAUGAAGCAACAAGGAGUCUUCCUAUUGCUCAAAUUAUUCUGCAUGAUGUGACUUGCACAAGAACUCAACAUUAUGAUUCCAUCUUAGGUUCAAAAACUAGCUCCUCUGUUUCAAGUCUCAUGCACUGACAACUAAGCCACCAAUUGGCUUCCAACGAGCAUGCCUUGUCUUUUUUCCCAGUUGGAUUGAAAAUUUACAAUUGUGGUUCAAAUUAAUAGAAAAGUUAAAUCUGCAGAAUCAGUUUACCAUUGAAUCUAUUUUUUUGCUAUAUCUUCUCAAUUUAAUAAUUUUGUCUUUUUCUCUUACCUCUUGUAUUGAAAGUCCAUGUAUGGUAUGACUUCCUCUGGAGGUUAUGUUACUCAGUACAGUCGUGCCCUUGAGAGGGAUGUGACCAGGAAUAAAGCAUCUGUGGGUGAUUACUAUGCCAGGAAAGCAGAAAUGUUAAAAAUUCUAAUGACAGACAAUGAUAGUGGAGAAUCAUGCACCAGAGGUAACAGUGAGAUUUUGUCUUUUUGUCCCAUAAGUUGCUGGUAUCAACUUAUUAUCUUUGGUUCUGAAUAUCUCAGAGAGAUUUUCUUGACUUUUUUUGGCUUCCAUUUUGCCAAACUUUGUUUCAUAGAAAGUGAAAAUACAGUCAAUAGAAUUAAUACUUUUUAGGUAGUAGUUUGUUAUUCAAAUUAUUGAAGCCAUUGAUAGCAGUUUAAAUAAAUUGUCCAUUAUUUCUUACUGAAUGCACUAUGGAUUAAUCCAAAUCAUAGAAAGUUGCGAUAUUAACUGGAAGUGUUUACUUUUGUUUAAAGGCAUAAUUCCUCAACUUCAUCAUCGAUAUGAUAUGGGGGUCAGUGGCACCAAAGCUGCAUGGCUAGCUUUAGAUACAGAUCAUUACGCCAGCACUGUGGGUGAUGCAGGCUGGGGGUGUGGCUACAGAAAUUUGCAAAUGUUGAUUUCUGCAUUGCUAAAAAUGGAUACCUAUAGACCAGUUAUGUACAGUGGUGAGUGCGUUAUUUUAAAAACUUUCAUUUUUCUUCAAUAUGAUCCACAUUCAUAGGAAAAGAAAUGAAGUUCAGAGGCUAAGGGGGUUCUAACCCUAGUUUAAAAGUAAUCAGGAGAUGCUUAAGAUUUUUUGCGUUUAAGUUCAUGGGUUAGAGAAUUUUUUUGGUGUAGAAAACUUUGACAAGUAUUUGGUAGCUUGAUGAAAGAGUUGAAUUUUCAUGGGAUUGAAUUAUAAGGGGUUCUAAACAAGUUAUGCAUCACUAGCUGCAAAUUUUUCUCAUUGUGCAGCUUAACAUUUUGAAACAAAAAGUUUAUUUGAGAUCAACUUACCAGUGAGAGUGAUUAUCUUGUGUAGCACUUUGAUGCCAAUGUUCAUUUUUGUAAUGCAGUUGUUGUUUCUUGAAUUCAUGGUUGACUGCUACUUCUUGCAUUCCUUUUUUGUUUUUUGUUUUUAACCUAAUGGUAAUCUUUCCACAAUAUAGACAAUCUUUAAAAGUGGAUGUAAAUACAUGAAUGUCCAUUUGCUCAGGGUAUCCACCUUUUGGAAGAGCCUGCUAGUUAAGUUUUGAUCACGCAACUAGGAAACUAAUUUAUAAUAAGUUUCAUUUCUUUGUGUGAUCAGUCGGUGAGAAGGUACCAUCUAUACCCAGAAUUCAACAGUUUAUAGAGGCUGCCUGGACAAGUGGUAAGAGGAAAUUGUUAGUGAAUGCUUUUAAAUCUUCCAAGGCCCAGGGUCUGUUCAGAAAACAAGUAUUUUCAAGAAAACACUGGAAAAUUCCACAUGCUAUUGUCUUAGUUAAGUAAACAGUAGUAUUGUGUAUUUUAAAAUAUUAGUCAACAUCUUGUGUAAUGAUUUAUAUUUUCUAUCAGAAUAAGGAAAUGAAUUGUUGUCAAAGUCAAUGGGCUGGUUAUUUAAAUAAAGUUUAGCCGUUGUUUAACAAACCCACAUUCUAAGCCAUCUUCAAUUUAGCAGAACCUUUCAUCUGAACAUUUUUUUUGUGAACAGUGUCAAGAGCACCAAAAAUCUAAUAGUGGAUGGACAUUUAUUUAAAUAAUUAAAUCAAUCUUUUUAUAAAAAAAUCCCAGAGGUCCAUUGCUUGCAUAAAACAGCAGUUUGGGUUGGACCUCAUUUGAAGAACUGGCCCAAUGAGUUUAAAAAAUCACAAUCAUCUCAAGUACUUUCUGUAUGAAAGGCAGCAAAUUUUUUGCCCUAGUUACUUGUCAGGACCAAUUGCUGCACUUAGGAGAAAUACCUAUUAGUAAAAACUAAUCAUUUCUUUUUGCUGUAAAUUUACCUAAAAGGAUUCGACAGGCAGGGUUCUGAACAGCUUGGAUGUAAAUUGAUCAAUACCAGAAAGUGGAUUGGAGCCACAGAGAUAGCAACAGUCUUGAGAUCACUACAGAUAAGGUACAGGCACCAGAGUCCUUCACUGGUUUGAGUUCCUUUUAUCUUAGAUGCUCAUGAUCAGCUCUCACCAGAAAUGCCCGGAUAAGACCCCCUUUCUCACAAGCCUCCCUCCUAAAGCUUCAAGCUUCUAUUAUGUCCCAUCUCUAAUAAGCCCCCUUUCUGAUAAAGGGCCCUCCCUGAUAAGCCCCCCUCCCUGAUAAGUCCCCUCCCUGAUAAGUCCCCUCCCUGAUAAGCCCUAUCUCUUAAAAGCCCCUUCUCUAAUAAGCCCCCUCUCUAAUAAACCUCCUCUCUAACAAGCCCCUCUCUGAUAAGCCCCCUCACUCGAACAAGCCCCUCUCUAUUACCCCCACCUCCCUCCUUUUUAGUCACAUCUGGGUGUGAGAGGGUUAGACCUCCAGGAAAAUGAGAGUGUUGAAAAGUAGACCAAGAGUAAGAGCUGAAUGGCAAAUUGUUAAUGGUCAAGGCUGGCUAUGGAUGGAUAAACUUAAUGGCAGAUGUUCAAACCCUGACAUAGCUCCUUUGUCAUGUUUUCCAGCACUUUAAUCAGUAUUUCAUACUUUUAUGUUUUUUGCAGAGCUAAGAUUCUUGACUUCCACCAAGCCACUGGUUGUGAUGGCACGCAUCCUGAAAUGUUUUCGUGGAUAAAGCGUUACUUUAGCUGUAACAUAAGCUCUGCAGCAGUCCCAGUGGGUUCCUCAGUUCUCAGACAAACCUCAAUUCCUCCACUUUACCUUCAGCAUCAAGGUUUGUAACCUUUGCUUGCUUGUGAUUUGAUUCAUUUCAUGAAUUAAGCCAUUCACUCUCAGGAGUGACCAAAACUUAAUUUUUCAUAGCACCUCUCUCUGCUCAAGACUUUUAACCCUUUAACCCCUAAGUGUGACAAACAUCUAAUUUCUCCUUACAAUAUCAUCCCCAGGUCACCCCUUAAGGUCAUGAGAAUAAAAGAAAUGAUCACUAACUGAAGUAGCUUUUGAUAGUUAAUCAAAUUCUCCUCGUCAGCAUCUUAGGAAAUAUGUAGAGAACAGUAUGAUUAGUUGUUACCUACAAUUGACAGGUAUUCCACCGAGGAGGGGUAGCAAUACCCCAUGUCACUUCAUGCUCCAAAGAUAGAGACAAGCUCUGACAGUGAUGAGUCAGGCUAGGACAUAAUACUCUACUUUUUGUCCAACAGGCCAUAGUCGGCUGGUGAUUGGAGUUGAGGAGCAUUCUGGUAAGGAUGGUGGUCUCUACCUCCUGUUGUUUGAUCCCUCCCACUCGGCCAAACAGAUGCAGAGCCUCUUGGAAGACAUUAAGAGUAGCAGUUCUGGCUUACGGCACUUACGACGGUCGCUGAAGCAGAUGAGGUGUAAGCAGUACCAGAUCGUGUAUGUAGAGGGGAUUAUGGACCCCCCAGAAAUGGAACAAAGUAAAACCUUAGACUCUCUUAGAGUACCUUGAGAUAAAGAAGUAAGUUUGCAAGUUGUCAUGGGGAACAAAUUUAUAAGCAAUUAAUCACAAGCAAACAUCUUGCAAAUCUAGUAGCAGUUUUCUUGUGUUACUUGAGGUAGAAGAUUCCUUUACUGUGGUUACUGUUUGAUGUGCGGGCAAGUUCCUAAAAACUCCAACAUAGGUAAAAAUUCCAAAUAAGAUAAGGAGGAAGGUUUUGAAGUCAACAAAGUUAAAUAGACUACAAUAUGCAAAGGGAUUGAUAAAACCAUAGGCUCUAUAGUUAUAGCUUUUGAAGUGAUCCGUUUCUGAUUGGUUUACAGAUUAGCUUUGUAAACCAUGAAAAAAAAAAUGGUAAAAGUGACUCAUAAAGUUCUUGAGACUGAAAAAUGUCCUUUUUUGCUGAACCCUGAGCUAUUCAAGUUUUUUUUUUUUUUCUCUGAUGACACAUUUGAUUAGGAUGAUAUGGCGCAACAAACGGAAUUACAUGAAAUUAUGGCUAAAUGGCUUUCGUUUGAAUGCUCACAAACGAUAUUAUGAAACUUUAAAAAGAGUAACUCAAGACAGGGGCUCAUGCCCAAGAUUUUAUUCCAAAAGUGUAAGUGCUGGAAAAUGUCUAUUUAUUUAUGAGAAUAACUUCAACAGUGCGAGAGUGUAAUUAAAUGGAACAAGAACAUAGAUAUCUAUUUAUUGUUGAAAUCCUAUUUUGGGAAAUAGUUAUAUUUCUAUAGUUGAAAACUAAAGCAAUACAAUUUAUUUUAUUUGUGGAGAAGAUGUGAUAGAAUAAACGCUUCAAGAGGGG